CCCUCAUGCUCUUCGUGUCUGCUCAAUUUCGUAACCUUCAUCGUUUUGGACAUUUCCAUGAGGCUGCCCCUCAGCCAAAAGACUCACGUUCUUGACCCACGUCCUUUUGGCCAAGUUCCGAUCGUCAGGGCGCGCUCCUUGCUCGAUUCGAGGUCCAAGUCCUCUUCCUCACCGUCCCACUCGUCUUCCGCCGCCUCCCGCUUGUGCGUCGCGCCAUCGCCAAGCGCCCUUGUUUUUGAGGUGACGCUCCACGAUAACUUGGUCGUGGACCGCGACCAGCCCGUACAGUACGUGCAGGAGAACCCGAAGAAGUCCGGCGGCAAGUCGUACGAACGGUACGAGAGGUACAAGGUGGCGCGCACCAUCGGACAGGCCUUCGACCUGGACGCCGUCCGCGGCGACAUCUUCUACGACCACAAGCAUGGCUUCCUCAAGCUGCUUCCCAAGGAGGCUGGCAGCGCUCCCGACGGCGCGGCCCGCGCCGCGGCCGCGGCAGCGAGCGGUGCCUCGGCCAGGGCCGCGGCCAGUGGCGGCGGCACCGGUGCUGCGGCCGAUGCCGCGGCAACCGGUGCUGCGGCCAGUGGCGGCGGCACGGGUGCUGCGGCCGGUGCCAGGGCCAGUGGCGGCGGCACGGGUGCUGCGGCCAGUGGCGGCGGUUCGGGUGCUGCGGCCGGUGCCGCGGCGAGCGGUGCUGCGGUUCGUGCAGCAAGCGGUGCUGCGGCCAGUGCCGCGGUCAGUGCCCUGUCCAGUGGCGGUGCGCCCCCGCUGGCCGGCGCCGCGGCGGCUGGUGGCAGGUGCCUGCCGCGCGCCGCAGUCAGCUGCCCAGCGUGCCCCACGCUGGUCUGCCCCGCGGUGGCGGCCGAGGCGCCGCGCGCCGCUCCUGAGGGGCGUGCGGAGGCGCCGCGCUCCUGCCCUGCCUGCGCUGCUUGCGAGCAGCCGGCGGAGCCUGAGCGGGCGGCUCAGUCUCUCGGGGACGUGCGGUACGGUGACGAAGUGCCAGGGCACGUGGCGACGGCAGCUGCGGUGCGCGGGCGCGACCUCCACAUCCUCGCCGACGGGAGUGCCCUGUUCGUUGAGGAGGUGCCGGCGGCCGAGUUGGAGGACUUCGUGGGGCGCGCGGGGGCAGCCGACGCUCGCGUGAUGCCCGUGAUGCGUACGGGCGCCCGCCGCGAGGUGACGUGGGCGGUCGUGGCUGCGCGCGUUCGUGAGGAGGACUUCGAGCGCGACUGGCUGGUGACAGGCCCGCGGACGACGUUCUGGUGCAUCGAGUUCAUCGACAAUGAGGGGAUGGGCAUCGACGGGCAUCACGAUCGGUUUCGGGCGGUGGCGAAGCUCGAGCCGACCCAGUGGUGCGUGCAGGAGCACUUCCAGUGCACGCAGUACAUCCGCCUGUUGUUGCUCUCUGACCAGUGCGACGGCACGAACUUACAGGCUUGCGAGGCCAUCUUCCGUCGCAUGCAGACGAUCGAGUAUUCGUACCUGGAGAAGGUGAGGGAGCGUGAAGGGGCCUAUGAGAGCGGGAAGCUGUCGAUCGAGGAGCUGACGCACUUCGCGGGCUCGACUCGGAUUUCUUCCAGCUUGAUGGUGUGCCCUGACUGGUUGGAGUUUGUACGCAAGGAAGUAGAGCGUGAAGCUGCCCUGGCAAAGAACCUCCGUAAGGCUCGUGAAGAGAAGGAGGCUCUCAAGAAGGGGAAGAAGGACGGACAAGGUUGA